GUGCAUGCGCACUCCAACAUCCUGCAGAUUAUUAAGUACCCCAAUUGAACAUGGCUGAUCAAGGCUCUGCCGGUGUGCUCAAUCUCCAAUCUGCCGCCAUCUUCCUGUUGAUCUUCGUCGUCAUCUUCGAGCUAUUCCGACGGCCAAAGAACCUUCCUCCAGGGCCCUGGCGAUGGCCUCUCCUCGGGAACUUCGUGGCGCUGACUCGGUCCGGGAAACACCUUCACGAGGUGUUGGCGGAGUGGGCCCAGCGGUACGGCGGCGUCAUGUCAGUCGGGGUGCCACCUUCACAGUCUGCUGUCAUCGUAGUGAGCGACCUUGACAUCGCCAAAGAGUUGCUGUCAAGACAAGGGGAGCACCCUAUUGACAGGGCCACCUUGCCAUUGACGGAUAAAAUUACAGACACACGAGGGAGCUUUUUAUGGAGCAAGGGCGAGACUGCCAAAGAAGCGAGGCGUUUCGGCCUCGGCGCCUUUCGAAAAAUGGGAGUCGGCAAGAAAAGCCUGGAGCACAGAAUCAACGAAGAGGCUCGAUACCUAGUCGAAAGUAUCGGGGCUGAAAAGAAUCGAUCCUUUGAUCCGAGCCUCACCAUCCAGAACGCCGUGUCCAACAUCAUCUGCUCUAUAAGUUUUGGGUCCCGCUUCGAUUACGACGACCCAAAAUUCAAGACGUUGCUGGGGAAUUUUCGGGUUGUUUUCCAGAACUUAGGAGUUAGAUCAUUGGGAAACUUAUGCCCCCUUCUCUACCACACCCCACUUUUCGCAAAAGUGAGAGAAUCUGCCAAGUUUAACAGAGAAUCUAUCGCAACAAUAGUUCAGGAACAUCAAGAUUCCUUUGACGAGAACGAUUUCCGGGAUAUCACCGACAUGCGCAUUGCGGACAUCAAAGAGAAAGAGCGGACUGGGCUUGCUCCGACCAUCACCCACCAACACAUCUGGCGGGGUAUCCUAGACAUGUUCGCCGCUGGCACGAACACAACGUCCCAUACCUUGUUGUGGCUAAUAUCCUUCGUGAUCAAAUACCCCGAAGUGCAAGAUAAGAUCCAGCGAGAGAUCAGUGAAGUGGUGGGAAGCGAUCGUCAGCCAUCUUGCGAAGACCGUCCCAGCAUGCCCUACACCAACGCGGUCAUCAAUGAAGUCCAGCGCCUACGUCCUGUGGCACCCUUUGCUUUGCCGUACGCGACAACACAAGAGUCUCAGCUGAAAGGAUACACUAUUCCAAAGGGAAGCAGGGUGAUCAUAAAUCUGUGGGCGAUGAUGAACGACCCCAAGGUUUGGGAUCGACCAGAGGAGUUUAAUCCUGGACGUUUCCUGAGCGAAGACGGCAAGAAAAUGAUCCAGCACGAAGCCUUUGUGCCAUUUUCAACAGGUCGUCGGAGUUGUCUGGGUGAAGGGCUGGCCAAGACGGAACUGUUCCUCUUCGCUACUAACCUCUUCCAGCGGUUCACAUUUAAGCCACCGCCGGGGGCGUCUAAACCAGAACUGAAGGGAAUCCUAAAUCUCACCUUUGUUCCAGAGCCGUUUAAAGUACGUGCAGUUAAGCGUUAGAUCUGCCAGAUAAACGGCACCAACAGCGAUUGUUUUGCUCCUUUUGAAUGGCAGAAUUGGACAGUCAUACUGCCUUGUUAAAGUAUUUGAAUUCAGAUGCACGUCUUAUUAGUAAAAUUGCGUGAUCUUCAUUUGCAUGAGCAUGCGUAUAAAAGGGUGACGAGUGAUCGCUGUCAAUGACCCCAUUUUGAAGUGUAAUGUACCCAGUUUAAAUGUAUUCGGUUUAGUUUAGCUUUCUGACAACAAGGAAAGGUUUCUGAGGAAUGAUAUGGCUGCAUGGCUAUCGGUGUUAUUUUGUUCUUGAACUUGAAUCUUCUCGACGUAGUUUAAUUAUUGUAAUAGUUAUAGCUAGUGUGCGAUCAGUCACGCAGCCUGAAUUUUAAUUGUUUCCGACGCUUGUUCAUAAUUUUGUAAAGUUGCCGAGAAAACCUUUUUUUCGCGGAGCAAAACAGCACCCUACAUCAGGUAACCUUUCAUUUAUAGGCAUACAGUCACUGUAUUAUUACAAAUUUUAAUUUCAUUAGAUCUUCGGUAUGAAUUUUAGUCGGGAGGCAUGCCAGCGACCUCUGGUUCUGCUUGCUUUAAAUUUAUUGGUUUAACUAUGUAAUAAAUAUUCAUAACGUGAUAGAAUAAAGCAUCCCCAGCUGUUCAAACUGCACAUAGGAAAACGUGGACUUAAUAAUUCCGUUCCAGUUCACGAACUUGUCCGCCCUCGUAUAAACCUUUCUUUUUUGCCAGCCAUGAUUAGAAUAGCUAUAACUGGCUCUAAGUCCACAGCGAAAGAAUCAUUCAAAAAGUGUUCAAAAAUCAUGAAAAAUGAAAAUAUUACAUCGUAAAUAGUUGUGCUAAGUACUAAAUGGAAAUGUGUCCCAAGUUAAUACUAUUGACUCAAAAUGAACGUUGAAUAACUAUGUGGAAAAAAUGAUAAAUAUCUAAAGCAAGUGCAGCAAUACCUCUGAAAACAAUUUAUGGCAUGUAUGAUAUGUUUCAUCAUCAUUUCUGCUAGUCCACAAAAAUGAGACAUCAAAAACAAAAUCUCCGGCCUGACCCCCCCCAUCCGUCCCUGUAUCGAUGGCACCUUUUCUUCUAGAGGAAGUUCACUCGAAACUCGGACAAAGGAACAGAUGUUAAGAAUGAUGAACAGGGAUGACGAACAGGCUUCAUCCAACAGGCUGGAUCGAGCACCCAGUGCCUUUGAUGCUUUGACCUACUUAAGCAAUGACGUUUCCUUUGGUGAUGCAUGAACGCAGUCCGCGGCAGUCGUAGACUUUGGACAAGUACUCAACAGCCGGCCCGAAGUAACCUGUUGACCAAAAACCGACCGAAAGUUAGAUUGACGAUUCUGCAGUACCGCCUGUGACGCCAACAUUUCAAAGCAGGACUACCGUGCAUCAUCAACACACAUAUAGCAUGCAUAACUACCAUGACACAAUAAAUCCCAUUUCGAUCACUGAAUCCCGUUUUUCUGCCCAUCGUGGCCGCAGCCUCCGAGGAUUUUCAGUGCACUGUAAAAAGACUUUAAGAUCGUGAUAUUUCCCAGGAAAACUAGU